AUGUCUCAGAGUCUGAACAAGAUCACUGUCGAGCGGAAUCAGCGGGCGUUGCUAGCGCUUGUCAGCGAACCAGGAAAUGAUAUCUGUGCCGACUGCAAAGCCUGGCAUCCACGAUGGGCAUCCCAUAACCUUGGGAUUUUCAUUUGCAUGAAUUGUGCGAGUGUUCAUCGCAAGAUGGGGACACACAUAUCCAAAGUAAAGAGCAUAACGCUGGACUCGUGGACAAAGGAACAAGUAGAGUUCAUGAAGCAACACGGAAAUGUGAGAUCCAAUGCACACUACAACCCAGACGAAACACGCCAUCCACCGCCCACGAACAUGAUCGAUUCGGAGAGGGACAGCGAUCUGGAAAAAUACAUCCGAGCAAAGUACGAAUACAAAUCUUUCGUAUCUCGCUCAAGUCAAGUCGCUGCACUCCUUGGACCGUCGAGAUCGACGUCAAGCAACCUGUCAUCUGCACCCACACGCUCGCAAACAGUAACGUUUCAAAAAAACCAGAAUAUAUCGCUGGGUUCGCCUGCACCACCUGCUGUUCCCCCGAAGACACCAAUAUCGUCGGUGGUGUCGGCAAGCAUGAUACCAUCGAACACAACGGAGGCUAGAUCUGCGUCGCAGCCGGUCUUCACUUCAAUGCAGCAGCCGUCCCAACCUUCUGUCCAGCCGCCGACAUUCACUUCGGGAUGGACCAACCCAGUGAAUCCUCAACAAACCUUCACCAUGCCUUCUUUCCCUUCCUCAUUUGCCACGUCGAGCACAUUUCCUCCGACGUCUGCGUCGCAGCCGAUACCAGUAUCGACCCCGAAUACCCUUCUGCCACCAUCCACCAAUCUUUACGGUGCCCUGUCCGUAAAUUCCGGCUCCCCCUUCCAGUCACUUAUGAACCAACAAUCAACGGGGAUGCCUUCAAACGGGAUAAGCAGGAGCAUGAGCCUAAACAUGGGUUUGUCGACGAAUGUCGGCCUGGAUCUGAAUCCGAGCCUCAACGGCAGCGGUACGCCAUCUUUCCAAUCCCCGCACACUGGCUUCGGGUACGGCACUCCUGCUAGCGUGCACAGUCCGAAUCCCUUUUUGCAUCAGCCGCUUCCUACCGGGCCUUCCACGGGCACCUUCGGCAUGAGCGGAAUGACUUCUGGGCAGCAGUCGCAGCUGCAGCCAUCUCUGACGCCGUUCAACCCCUCCCCCUUCCAACCCAGCCCGAGUCCAAGCUUCCCGCAGAGCGCGACCCCACAGCUCCAACCGUCGCCGAUGUUCCAGCCGCAGCCGCUCGGGCAAGCGCCGCCGACAUCUGCGAAUCCGUUCCUGCAGUCACAGCGUCAGGUGCAGAUGCCUAUGUCGGCGCCCUCCGCAUUCGGGAUGGGUUUGCCCUCGCCGUUCGGGCAGCUCCAGGCGCAACAACAGCAGCAGAUGUAUACGAGGAACCCGUUCAACGGUUGGCAGGAGGGACAACAGGGAAACUACACUGGACAGCAGUGGAACGGGAUGUGA